AUGGUUGAUUUGAGGAAAGUGUUCUCCGAAAGAGCAGAAGGCAUUGAAGGAUACAGAAAGAUUGAUUACCUUCGGCUAGCUCAAUGUGAAAGCGAACUUGGUGAUCCGGGCAAGGAACUCACAGAAUUACAUGCUGCUGGGGACUUUGAAUCCUUGAAGUGGAUCUAA